AUGGCUUCUCUUAUAGGUGCCUUGCGGCCGACCCUUUGCUCGAGAAGAGCUCUAUACAGACAACUGUCCACCCUCUCUAACAAUCCUCACAUCUACGCAUUCCCCAACCCGUCAGGCACAAAUCACACACUUUCCCUCCUACCAACGUCCCCGCCAACUCCUGCCCUUGCAAUCGGAACAACAACCACCUCCGCCCUCCCUCCAACACCAAACACGUUCUCCCCAAACCCGAAAUUCAUCUCCAUCCUAGACUCGGUGCUUGCGGACCAUGCGUAUCAGGACCCAGAUACCGUUUCCGCGGCAUAUGUAAUGGCCUCGACGUCAGGCGCGAAUCUCUUCUCGCGCAUGCAUGGCCAGGCAGAGGGUGCAGACUCGGCGGGUAGAGGCGGAUUCAUUCACAUUGCGGACUCAAGGGAGCCGCCGGAAUAUGGCCGGAUACCUUCGCCCGAGGAUAUCUUUGGUUGUAUAGAGGUUGACGGACAGGGGAAUAUCGAAGGGAAAGGGAAUUAUCAGAGUAGCGGAACAUAUCGCAUUGUUACGAGAAGUGGAAUCCUUGGCCUUAGUCCGUUUCUGAGAGAAAAGCUGGUAGAGAGACUGAAGUCCGAAGAGGAGAAGAUCCGUCGGUAG